CAGCUUGAAGCACAGAGCCACAGCUCAAGAGAUGCUCCUGACUAACAACACUGAAAUUACAGAAUUCAUUUUACUGGGGCUCACAGAUCGCCCAGAACUCCAGCCUCUCCUCUUCGUGCUGUUUCUGUUUGUUUACCUUGUCACUGUCUUAGGCAACAUGGGCAUGAUGGCCCUGAUCAGACUGGAUUCCCGCCUUCACACGCCCAUGUACUUCUUCCUCAGUAACCUGGCAUUUGUGGAUCUGUGUUACACGUCAAACGCUACCCCACAGAUGCUGAGUAAUUUCUUAUCAGACAAAAAGAGCAUUUCCUUUGUUGGCUGCUUUAUCCAGUGCUAUCUUUUCAUUGCCUUUCUCCUCACAGAGUUCUACAUGCUGGCAGCCAUGGCCUAUGACCGCUAUGUGGCUAUAUGCAAUCCUCUGCGUUACAGUGUAAAAAUGUCCAGGCGAGUCUGCAUCUGCUUGGCCACAUGUCCUUAUGUUUAUGGCUUCUCAGAUGGGCUGUUCCAAGCCAUCCUGACCUUCAGUAUGACCUUCUGUAAAUCCAAUGUCAUCAACCACUUCUACUGUGCUGACCCACCACUCAUUAAGCUGUCUUGUUCAGAUACUUACAUAAAAGAGCAUGCCAUGUUGAUAUCAGCUGGUCUCAACCUCUCCAACUCACUCACAAUCAUCCUGGUGUCUUAUGCCUUCAUUAUUGCUGCCAUCUUAAGGAUCAAAUCUGCUGAAGGCAGACACAAGGCUUUCUCCACCUGUGGUUCCCACAUGAUGGCUGUCACAUUGUUUUAUGGAACCCUCUUCUGCAUGUAUGUAAGACCACCCACUGACAAGACUGUUGAGGAGUCCAAAAUAAUAGCUGUCUUCUACACCUUUGUGAGUCCAGUGUUGAAUCCACUGAUCUACAGCCUGAGGAAUAAGGAUGUGAAGCAGGCCCUGAAGACAGUCCUCAGGCGAAACGUUGGCAGUGCAGCACUCAUGCCUCCAGGUUCCAAGAAAUUGCAGCUGUAGUUCAUUAUAAAUAUAUUUGUAUUUUGAUGAGUUUUUAAUAUUCUCUAAGACCA